AUGAGAGAUGUUAUAAGAGCCUUUGGAAUAUUAAUAUAUAGAAUUAUAAAUAAGAAUGCUAAAAAUGAUUUCAAUAGAAAUUCAAAAAUUGAAUUUUUAUUUUUAAGAGCAUCAUAUGGUAAUAGACAUUGGACACCUCCAAAAGGAUUACAUGAAGAGAACGAAAAUGGAUUAGAUACAGCUAUACGAGAAACAUUCGAAGAAACUGGUUUAGAGAAAAAUAAAUAUAAAUUACUGAAUUUUGAAAAAACGUUAAUAUACAAUGUUAAAGAUAAGCCAAAAGAAACCACAUACUAUUUAGCUCUUUUGUUAAAUAACGACGAAAAUAUUAAAUUAUCAAAUGAGCACACUGAUUUUAAAUGGGUACAGAGUAGUGAAUCAGAAGCAUAUUCUCUCCCUGAUUCCUUAUUAGAAUUGAUGAAAAAUGCAGAAGAAUAUAUAAGAAAAAUAGGAAAAUAA